AUGGAUUCAAGUUAUAAAGCUCGAAAAGAGGCGUUUGUGUCGAAUCUCACAGGUGGAAGCAUCCUGGAGAUCAACGCCGUCACCCUCGUUGCUCCUGCCUCAGUUCUUCUCUGGUCGGUACUCCAGUCUCGUCUUUCCUUCUUCGAUCCCUAUAGUGCGCCGGCAUUAGUCACCGACUUCUUCCUGAACGUGUUGUCCAUUCUCUUUGCAACUACACUCUAUUCAUCUGCGCCAUGGUCCCUAAAUAUCCUCCUAGCCCUUCCAGCUCUUAUACUACUACUCACUUCGACGCCUUCCCGCACGCUACAGAAAGCCAAACCUCCGCGCUCAUCAGCCGCAGCUAAGAAGAAUGCCCCGAAGCAUGCAUCUGACUCCCCCGAACCAUUACCUGUUCACCCGUUUCUCACGACAUAUCGCGCCGCUAUGAUGGUCAUCACUUGCGUUGCUAUCUUAGCAGUUGACUUUCGUAUUUUCCCUCGGCGGUUCGCGAAGGCUGAGAACUGGGGCACAUCGCUCAUGGAUCUUGGGGUUGGGUCGUUUGUAUUUUCUGGCGGAGUGGUCUCUGCUCGCUCGAUUCUUAAAGGUCGGAACAGUCGCUCGAAGAAGAUUGCCCUGUGGCAGAGGUUGACAGCCUCCACACGACACUCAGUCCCUUUGCUCGUCCUUGGAUUGAUCCGAUUAUAUAGCGUCAAAGGUCUCGACUAUGCGGAACAUGUAACGGAGUACGGAGUGCACUGGAACUUCUUCUUUACGUUGGGCCUCCUACCCCCAUUUGUGGAGAUCUUCGACGCCCUAGCUACAAUCAUUCCAUCCUACGAGAUCCUGUCUCUGGGUAUUGCGGUCCUGUAUCAGGUAGCCCUGGAAUCGACAGAUCUUAAGAGUUACAUUUUUGUCUCUCCGCGUGGGCCAGGCCUGCUUUCUAAAAACCGGGAAGGUGUUUUCUCCUUUCUGGGAUACCUUGCGAUCUUCCUUGCUGGACGUGCGAUUGGCGUCAGAAUCAUCCCGCGCGGAACGUCGCCGUCAAGGUCACCCCAACAAGCCAGAAAGAAUGUGCUUAUUAGCCUGGGACUGCAAACUCUGGUUUGGACAACGCUUUUCGCGUUUAAUUCCACACAUGCGAUGGGUUUGGGGGCCGGAAUCCCAGUUUCGCGCCGUCUAGCUAACAUGCCUUAUGUGCUCUGGGUGUCUGCCUUCAACAAUGCUCAACUGUUCCUUUUCUGUCUCCUCGAGAGUACUUUCUUUCCCCCCACCCACCGGGAAACUGGGAAGGACGGUGAACUUGAACGGACAUCAUUUGCGACAAGCCGCAUCAUGGCAGCCUUCAACAAGAAUGGGCUGGCACUGUUUCUCGUAGCAAAUCUCCUCACAGGAGCUGUUAAUCUGAGCGUCCCCACACUCGACGUCACCACUGCGCAUGCCACGGCAGUCUUGAUCGCAUAUGUGGUCAUCAUAACCGGCAUCGCACUAGCACUGGACAAAGCUAACAUCAAGCUCAGCCUGUGA